AUGUACAUGGGCAAACGUAGGACUGAAAUGCCUCCUCAUUUGUUCGCCGUUUCUGAUGAGGCGUACCGAAACAUGCUUAUGGAUCAUGAGAACCAGUCUAUGCUCAUCACAGGAGAAUCUGGAGCAGGAAAAACGGAAAACACCAAGAAAGUAAUCGCCUACUUCGCCUCUGUCGGUGCCAGCCAACAAGCAGUGAAAGCCAGUACCGACAAGACCGUCACCCUUGAGGACCAGAUUGUCCAGACUAACCCCGUGCUUGAGGCAUUCGGUAACGCCAAGACUGUCCGUAACAACAACAGUUCUCGUUUCGGAAAGUUCAUCCGAAUCCACUUCUCCAAAGCUGGAAAGGUGGCCUCUUGCGAUAUCGAGCACUAUCUCCUCGAGAAGUCUCGUGUAAUUCGUCAGGCUCCAGGAGAGCGUUGUUAUCACAUCUUCUACCAGAUCUUCUCUGAUUUCAAGCCUGAACUGAAGCAGCAACUUCUUCUAACCAAACCCCUCAAGGAAUACUGGUUUGUUGCACAAGCUGAGCUGAGCAUUGACGGAGUCAAUGACACAGAGGAAUUCCAAAUGACUGAUGAAGCCUUCGACAUUCUUAACUUUUCGGCUCAAGAAAAAAUGGACUGCUAUCGCCUUAUGGCCGGUCAUAUGCACAUGGGUGCGAUGAAAUUCAAACAGCGCCCGCGUGAGGAACAAGCAGAGCCUGAUGGACAGGAAGAUGCCGAGAAGGCAACCGCAAUGUACGGUAUAGAUGUUGACCAAUUUUUGAAAGCUCUCGUUUCUCCACGUGUCAAGGUCGGAACUGAAUGGGUCUCCAAGGGACAGAAUGUCGAUCAGGUCAACUGGGCCAUCGGGGCCAUUGCCAAGGGUCUCUACGCUAGAGUGUUCCAUUGGUUGGUCAAGAAGUGUAACUUGACCCUUCGAUCAACAAGGAAUUUCCCUUUAGUUCAACUCCUUCGAGCAGCUUUGGAUCAACUUCGUAAACGAGAACUGCAACAAUUCUUCAACCAUCACAUGUUCGUCCUCGAGCAGGAAGAGUACGCUCGUGAAGGUAUCCAAUGGACCUUCAUUGAUUUCGGUCUCGAUCUCCAGGCUUGUAUCGAGCUGAUUGAGAAGCCACUGGGUAUCAUCUCCAUGCUUGACGAGGAAUGUAUCGUACCGAAGGCCACGGACUUGACUCUGGCCCAGAAGUUGAACGAGCAGCAUUUGGGCAAGCACCCCAACUUCGAGAAGCCAAAGCCGCCAAAGGGCAAACAGGCCGAGGCUCAUUUCGCAAUGAGACAUUACGCCGGAACUGUGCGAUACAACGUGACCAACUGGCUCGAGAAGAACAAGGAUCCUCUCAACGACACCGUCGUCACUGUCAUGAAAGCCUCAAAGGGCAACGACCUGCUCGUCGAAGUUUGGCAAGAUUACACCACCCAGGAAGAAACUGCUGCUGCCCAGAAAGCUGGCAAUGGAGGCGCUAAGAAGAAGGGCAAAUCAGGUUCCUUCAUGACGGUCUCCAUGAUGUAUCGCGAGUCGUUGAACAAGCUCAUGAGUAUGCUGCACAAAACCCACCCUCAUUUCAUCCGUUGUAUCAUUCCCAACGAGAAGAAGGCUUCUGGUGUCAUCGAUGCCGCGCUUGUGCUUAACCAGCUGACAUGUAACGGUGUGCUGGAAGGUAUUCGUAUUUGCCGAAAGGGUUUCCCCAACAGAACUCUUCACCCUGACUUUGUCCACCGUUACGCCAUCCUGGCUGCAAAGGAGGCCAAGUCUAGCGAAGAUCCUAAAACUUGCGCUGGAGCAAUUCUGCAGGCGUUGGUCAACAGCAAGAAACUCACUGACGAACAGUUCCGCAUCGGACACACUAAGGUGUUUUUCAAAGCCGGAGUCGUGGCUCACAUUGAAGACCUUCGUGACGAUAAGCUGAACGAGGUUAUCACUGGGCUCCAGUGCUGGAUCCGUCACUACAAUGCAGUUCUGGAGUACACCGACCGCAAGCGGCAGCUCAACUCGUACAUCGUCCUGCAGCGGAACAUUCGUUCAUGGUGCAUUCUUCGCACCUGGAACUGGUUCCUUCUGUUCGGAAAACUUCGUCCUCAGCUGAAGUGCGGUAAGAUGGCUGAAGAGAUGGCCAAGAUGACGGAAGAACAAAAGGUUCUCGAAGCUCAGUCGGCCAAGGCCGAAGCCGAACGAAAGGCUAAGGAGGAAGCGUUCAACAAACUGAACGCUGAGAAGAACAGGCUCUUGGAACAACUCGAAAUGACAAAGGGUGGAUCAGCUUCGAUUGAAGAAAAACUGACAGCACUCAAUGCAGCCAAGCAGGAGCUCGAGAAAGGACUGAAUGACGUUGCUGAUAAGUUGUCUGAACAAGAAGACAGAAAUUCUGAGCUUGAGAGACACAAGCGCAAGGCUCAGCAGGAAGUGGAGAACAUGAAGAAGAACAUCGAAGCCGUCGACAGCAAUCUUCUGAAGUCAAUCGAAGAGAAAGCGGCCAAGGAGAACCAGAUUCGCUCUCUGCAAGACGAGAUCAACGCGCAAGAUGAAACCAUUGGCAAACUGAAUAAAGAGAAGAAACACCAAGAAGAAAUCAACCGCCAACUGGUCGACGAUCUCCAGGCUGAAGAGGCAAAACAAGCUCAAGCAGCUCGCCUGAGACAGAAGCUCGAACAGACUUUGGACGAGAUGGAGGAGUCUAUCGAACGGGAGAGGAGAAUUCGUGCCGAAACAGAGAAAGCCAAGCGAAAGAUCGAAAGCGAACUUAAAGCUGCCACAGAAACGAUUGACGAGAUGACAAAAAUCAAGCAAGAAGCCGACAUUUCGUUGAAGAAGAAGGAGGCCGACCUCCACGCUCUCGGGGUCAGAAUCGAGGACGAGCAGGCAAUGAGCAAUCGUCUCACUCGUCAGUCCAAAGAGAAUACCGUUCGCCUUAUCGAAAUCGAGGAUGAACUCGAACAUGAGAGGCAAUCCCGAGCAAAGGCUGACCGAGCUCGAUCAGAGCUUCAGCGUGAGCUUGACGACCUCAGUGAACGGCUGGACGACCAGAAUCAUCAAAUGCAAGCCCAAAUUGAAUUGAAUAAGAAGAAGGACGCUGAAAUUCUGAAGUCUCGUCGUGAUCUUGAUGAGCUUAACUUGUCUCAUGAAGAUCAGCUGGGCUCUCUACGAAAGAGGAACAACGAUCAAGUAGCUCAACUGACCAAUCAGCUCGAUGGCCUCCAAAAAGGAAAAGCAAAGAUCGAUAAGGAGAGAGGAGUGCUUCAGAAAGAGCUCGAUGAUAUCAACGUGCAAGCUCGUGUCGAACAAGAACGACUUGCUAAGCAGUAUGAGAUUCAAGUGGCCGAAUUGCAACAGAAGGUAGACGAACAAUCGAAGCAGCUUUCUGAAUUCACAACAUCCAAAGGACGCCUUCUUAAUGACAACGGUGACCUGCUCCGCCAAGUGGAAGAGUUGGAAGUUCAACUCAACACCGUAAAUCGCGCAAAGGCUGGUUUCUCUAGCCAGCUCACAGAGGCGAAGAAGGCUGCUGAAGAUGAAACUCAUGACCGUCAUGAGCUCAAUGCUACCUGCAAAAAUCUUGAGCACGAAAUCGAGCAGUGUCUCGAGAUGUUGGAGGAAGAGAUCAACUCCAAAGAUGACACUCAACGUCAGCUCAGCCGCAUCAAUUCGGAAAUCUCACAAUGGAAGGCGCGCUACGAGGGAGAGGGACUGGUAGGAUCCGAUGAAUUAGAAGAACUCAAGCGAAAACAAAUGGCUCGAGUCAUGGAUCUGCAGGAGGCGCUCUCGGCUGCACAAAACAAGGUCAUCUCAUUGGAGAAGGCCAAGGCGAGACUUCUUCAGGACACAGAAGAUGCUCGCUCAGACGUCGACCGUCAUCUCACGGUGAUCGCAUCUCUAGAGAAGAAACAGAAAGCAUUCGACAAGAUCGUUGAAGACUGGAAGCGCAAGGUCGACGACAUCCAGAAGGAGAUCGACGCCACCACUCGUGACUCCCGCAACACGAGCACCGAGGUGUUCAAGCUGCGAUCAGCCAUGGAAAAUCUCACCGAAUACAUCGAGACUCUCCGUCGCGAGAACAAGGGCUACGCGCAGGAGAUCCGCGACAUCACCGAGCAGAUCACCCAAGGAAGCCGCACAUUCCACGACUUGCAAAAGGCCGUUCUACGAUCUCAAAUUGAAGUGCAACAGAUUCGCUCUGAGGUUGAGAAGCGAAUCCAGGAGAAAGAGGAAGAAUUCGAAAACACCCGAAAGAACCAUCAACGAGCCCUCGAAUCCAUCCAGGCUUCUCUGGAAACCGAAACCAAGAGCAAAGCUGAACUCCUUCGAGCAAAGAAGAAGCUGGAAAGUGACAUCAAUCAGCUCGAGAUUGCCCUGGACCACGCCAACAAGGCCAACGUUGAUGCUCAGAAGACCUUGAAACGCCUCUUCGACCAG